AUGUCUGCCUUUGUAACAACUCUCGGGCUCCGCGCCGCCCCUGGCCAGGCACCUGCGAACCACGCAUCAGCCUUGCUAAUGGCGAACUGGUUUUUCGCGUAUAUUCUGACGAGCCCCCGCGGCGCAAAGAUACGCCUGGGUCUUGAUCACAAUGUCAGCCCGCGUGAGGACUUGACUACGUACGGUGAGGCGGCCGUGCAGUCGGGAAAGAUUACCCGUCGCGCCCUUGACAAGCUCAAGCGACAGACGUCGGCGCAUGCCAAUGUGCAGGAGGGAUACACUUUGUUCGUUGCGGCGAUGCUCGUCUCCUUAUACGCCGGUCUCCCCAAUGAAACUAUCAAUACCGUCGGUGCUUGGUAUUCGGUUUCCCGGGUCGCGUACCACCUAUUCUACUGCAACAUUGAAUCUUACUCUUUGAGCUUUCUGCGAUCGGCGGCUUGGUGGUCCGGGAACAUCAGCUGUCUUUAUGCGCUGGUGCAGGCCAGCAAGAAGUUGUAG